AUGGCAUCUAGUUAUGUAACAUCGGGCUCUGGUUACUUCCAAUUGACUCUGAAUGGUAAUCUCACUACACCAAUUAUCAUUCAAGAAGCACCCAAUCAACCACGUCCAAUCAUCCAAUGUCUUCAAGUGGGUACAAGUGCUCAAAAUAUCAUGAAUAUUCAAGGUUCAAAUUUCAUGAUAAAAGCAAUAGUAUUUGCCAAGCGUUCACGAGGAAUUCGUAUCGGGCCAUCAACUACAACAAAUGCAAUCUUUGACAAUAUUUACAUUUACAAUACUACUGGAACAUCAUUUUCAGCCGACGGUGUUGGCAAUGAAUACGUCAAUAUAACAUUACGAAAUAGUGAAAUGACCAAUACAAAUGCUUUGACUGCUACACCAGGUGAAUGUGUUUAUUUUGGAUGUGUCAAUCAUCUACGAUCACGGGCUGGUUUCCAAGUGAAAUCCGGCUCAUACAAUGUUGUUGGACCUUGUAUUAUUAUUUAUGAUGAUUAUGAUCGUGGACGGAAUUUAGUUGAUGGAAAUUUGGCUAUCAAUGCUAGAACAGCUGAUCUUGGAAUACAAUGUACAUCGGGAACGACCAUCACAAAUAAUGUUGUGAUUAAUGCCAGUAUGUAA